AUGGUGCUCUCUGACUUCACUGGAGUCGGUGUUGGAUUCGGGUUCGGUGUUGGCUGUGGAUUUGGCGUUGGCUGGGGUUUUGGAGUGCGUACUGAACUAGAGAUUCUUUGUUGCUUUCUUGCAGGAAUGCCUAUGAAUGUACUAGGCGUCGGUGUAGGUGGCGGUUGCGGGGUGGGCUUGGGCCUCGGUUGGGGUUUCGGGACUGCCUUCGGGAGUCACUACCGAUCAUCUAGGCUUACCUUUCAAGGCAUCGAGUUAGAGAAGACGGAUAAACGCGAGGAUAAGAUCCAAAACAUGUCCAAAAACACUUAA